CCGCAGGUGGCCUUCGAGAAGGACGGGGUUUUCCUGCACACCAGCGCCAAGCGCCACCCGGAUCAGGACUCGCUCAUCCCCGGGGUCAUCCGCAUCCUCGAGAAGGGCUCAGACCACCUGCUGCAGUGGACGCCCCUGGAGGAAGGUGGUGAUGCUGCCCAGAUUGUUUUCUCCAAAAAGGAGCCCCCGGGCGCGGCCGAGGAGGAGCCUUUCGAUCCGGGCUACGAGCCCGACUGGGCCGUGAUCAGCACCGUGAGGCCCCGGCCGCAGGAGGAGCCCCCGGGCUCCGUGCCCCCGCCCGGCCCCCGGGCACAGUGGGCCUUCACGCUCAGCCUCUCCGAGCUGCAAUCCAUCCGCCGGGGCCGGCCGGGGCUGGGCUGGUCCUACCUCAUCUUCAUCAGCCGGGAGAGCGGGUCCCUGCCCGCCCUCCACUUCCACCGCGGCGGCAGCAAGGCCCUGCUGCGGGCGCUCUGCAAGUACCUCAUCCUGGCCAUCUCCCCCAAGGACUCCCGGCUCUACCUGGUCUACAGCCACGACUCGUACGCGCUGUCACACGCCUUCGACCAGCUGCAGCUGUUCGAUGAGAACUCCUCCAACCUGGUGUCGCGUUUCCUGCAGGACCCCUACACGGCCACUUUCGGGGGCUUCUCCAAAGUCACCAGCUUUUUCCGCGGGGCCCUGCACCAUGAGGCUGGCGCCCCCCUGCGGCCCCCAGGCGCCGCCGCCGCUAGCCUGGAGGAUGAGCCAGGCUUCGAGGUCAUCACCUGCGUGCAGCUGGGGCCGCGGCCGGCCGUGUGCCGGGAGGCCCCGGUGACGGAGCAGGAGUGGGGGCAGCACCUGGACCCCGAAGGGCGCAUCACCCACCUGGACGGGCUCAAGAGGAGGAUCUUUGCUGGGGGCCUCACCCCAGCGCUGCGCAAGGAAGCCUGGAAGUUCCUGCUGGGCUACUACAGUUGGGAGAGCAGCAGCGAGGAGAACCGGGCGCAGGCCCGGCGCCGAACGGACGAGUAUUUCCGCAUGAAGCUGCAGUGGAAGUCGGUGAGCGAGGAACAGGAACGGCGGAACUCCCUGCUGCGCGGCUACCGCAGCCUCAUCGGUCAGUGCCCCCCCCUCCCGUCCCCGCCCUGGCGACCCCCCAGAGUGAGCCCCUGUGACCCGGUGCCUGGAGGGGCCACCCUGAAAAGGCCACGCUCGGGACAGAUGCCCCCCCCAAACUCAGGGCAGACGCCCCCCCCACACCCGUAACCAGGGAGCAUCUGCAGCUAGUUCCCCCCCAAGCCAACCCCAGCCCCGUUCAGGCGUCCCAGCGAGAGCUUUGUGAAAUCCGGUUCACCAUUCUUGUGCGCACCCAGGCACGUGCGCACGCCUGUUCCCUGCGCUGGGAGCCGUGCAGCGCGCCGAGAGAAACCGAGGCACGCGCUGGCUUUG